UUGACUUGAGAUUUUUGCACAGUAUUAUUGAUAGUAUUAUUAUUGUUGUUUGUUUUACCUGUUCUUUAUCUCAUUUGACCAUGGUCAGAACACGGUUAACAUGCUCAGCACCACUUUAAAUGUGGAAGCCAACACACUCAUUCACAUCCUAAUAUCCCCUCAUCUGUCCUGAUUAUCCCAGUUUGUCUUGUUUUGCAUGGUCUAGAUCCACACCUUGUUUCAUUAUUGCCCUACUUUUAUUAAUAAAGUUAAAAAUACAAAUAAAAAACUAUUAACAUGCAGGAUUGAUGACAUUAACAUAUUAACAUAAACCGUCUUUAGAGAAGCUACCAGAAAACUGUGGCUAUGGAUCUGUAAUAAGACAUUACGGCACAACUAAAGUCAAAGUAAAAGUCAAACUAUUUGGUUUACUACUACUGUUUAUAGCGUUGCCCAAAAUUACUUAAUUGUAACUAACCAGACUUUACCUGCAGACUGCAAACAAUCACAGACCACACACAGAGUCUGGCAGCAAAACAAAACCUGACUCAGUGUUAAUAUUUGAGGGAGAAUACCGAGUGGUUUCUUUUAUCUGCUGAUCUGCUGGCUGACAUGUCUCCCUCCUCAUUCCAGCGGUCACAAAACACCCAGAAACCCAGACAUCACAGUCUCACAGUAACAUGCAAAUCUCAGUCAACAACUAUAUCUGUUUUGUUUUCAUCUUUUUUUCUUUUUUUUUAAACUCCGCCUCUGGGUAGCUUGUUUCCCAGUGCCGGUCCCAAGCCCGGAUAAAGGAGGAGGGUUUGGUCGGGGCUAGCAACCCCUUCCUGUAAAAACCUGCUAUGCUACAGAAAAGAGAAGUGAAAACCAACGAGCAAUCAGUGGAGAGGAAGGUCAAUCGCUAGUGACGUGGACGGACCAAAGUCUCGCGACUGUCCCUCCCUCGAUGGAUCGAUCAUUCCUCAACACAAGGAUAUCGACUCGCAUCGGGACAUGGAAUGUCAGAUCACUCUACCGAAUGGGAUACAGCGCGCAAGGGCUACAGGUCUUCGAUGACUAUCGCCUCAAAGUUUUAGGUCUAGUGGAAGUUCGAUGGACUGGCGCAGGAAAAAUCAUGAGCGACGGCAAGACGAUUCUCUACUCUGGAUAUAGCACCCACCAUGCACGUGGUGUCGGACUGAUUUUGUUGAAGUUGGCUUCAAAGGGAUUGAUCGGUUGGGAACCAGUUUCCGACCGCAUCGUCACGGCUUGAUUUCGAACUUGGCAGGCCAAGAUCACGUUCAUCCAGGACUAUGCUCCCACGGAGGAAGCGAACGAUACAAUCAAGGAUGCCUUCUAGAACCAGCUCCAAGACAUUUUAGCAGCCAUUCCCUGGCACGAUCACCUGUUAAUGGUUAGCGACUUUAACGCACAAUUGGACGGGGACCGGGCUGGAUUCGAAUCGACCAUCGGGCCCCAUGGAUUGGGGGCACGCACGACUGAUAACGGCAACCGGCUCUGUUCAUUUUGCGCCACGAACGACCUUUGCUUUGGGAAUACCUUUUUCCAACACAAGAGAGCACACAAGACAACGUGGCGGGCUCCGGGAGGAACAUACGAAAACGAAACCAAUUUCGUUUGUGUACGGAGACGAUUGCGGUCAUCGUUACUCGACGUGCGAUGUUGGUGGGGUGCGGACGCCGGCUCGGACCACUCAUCGCCAAGCGUCAACUCUGGCUCAUGAGAACAGUGUCCAACGGUCAACGCCCAAGCCUUUCGACGUCACUCGUCUCAAGGAUCCAGAAAUGGCCAGCCAGUUUCGAUUGGAGCUUCGGAACCAUUUUGAGGCCCUGGCGCAAGAGGAGGACAACUCGGUGAGGAGCCAUUGGGACCGAUUCCGGAGAACGGUGGUCAAUGGUGCAGUGGCCUCAAUAGGCCGCAGGCGUGGCACGUUUCGUGAACGAUGGAUCCAGAGAGACACGGGGGACCUUAUUGAUGAGCGGAACAAGGUAAAGCAAGUACGCGAACGAGAGCCACCAGGACAAGUCUUGGAUGCAGUGGACAUGCGUUAUUGGCUGAUAGAUCAAAUGGUCAAACGGAGUUGCCGACGGGACAAACGGGAUUGGAUCGGACGGAAAGGACAAGAAGCGAAAGAGGCAGCAAACAAGAACGAUACCAAAAUGCUUUAUCGAAUCGUUCAGGAAUUGAGCGGUGCUCCAAGCGGCAGAGGAAUACCAGUCAAGCGCAAGGACGACCGCUUCUUAACAACAGCGGAGGAACAAGACCAACGAUGGGUCCAACAUUUCGAGGAAAUCCUGAAUCAACCGCCGCCUAUGUCGACGAUACGCCUUCCGCCCCGUGGAUGACCUUCCAGUUAACUUUGGUCCAAUUACCAUUUCGGAGACAAAAGCCACGAUUCGUUCAAGAUCAAGACGGGAGUGCGACAAGGCUGCGUUAUUUCGCCGUUCCUGUUUGUGCUGGCUGUGGAUUUCAUCAUGCGGCGUACCCUGCGGGACGGCAAGCACGUAGUCCAAGAACACGACGGACGACGAAUUGCAGAUUUUGAUUUCGCGGAUGACAUUGCACUGCUUGGAUCUACUCAACGCUCCAUUUGCGAUUUGGCCGCCAUGCUGGAAAAUGAAGCGUCAAAGAUUGGACUGCGGAUCAGCGCUGCCAAAAGCAAAGUCAUCCGGAUUGGUUAUGCCCGAGUGAAUACUCCUGUACUCGUUGGCCACCGCCCGCUUGAUGAAGUCGAUCAGUUCACGUAUCUGGGCAGUGUGAUAACACCGGACGGUGGCUUGGACAAGCACAUCGCCUGUUGGCUCGGAAAGGCAGCAUCGGCCAUGCGCAACUUGAAUCUGGUUUGGAGAUCGACCACCAUCUCGAUAUCAUCCAAAGUCUGUUUGUUCAAUACAAUAGUCGUAACAAUGGCUAUCUAUGCGAGUGAAACAUGGAAGUCGACGGCAACAAUCACCCGACGACUGAAUGUUUUCCAACAGCGCGGCCUCCGACGGAUUUUCAAGAUUUUGUAUCGAGAUCAUGUUACCAACAAGGAGGUCCUUCAGCGCACCACCUCAAGACCACUAGCGGACGUGGUAUUGGAGCCACGAUUUCAUUUCGCCGGUCACGUUUUUCGCCAACGAUUACCGAAGAUAGCCAUGUCGUGGAGACCCGCCCGAGGGUCACGGAGUCGCGGAUGACCAAAACAGACAUGGAGACGGUCAUUCAUUGAGGACCUGAAAGCGGUCGAUCUUUCAUGGGACGAGGCUGAAGAUGUGGCUGCAAACCGAGCUCGUUGGCCAUCCCUUGCCGCCCAAUGUGCCAUCCGGCGCAGGAGGAACUAAGUCUAAGAGUAGCUGAAGGUUGUAAAAGUCCUUGAUGUAAAAAGGAAACCCAGGAUUCCAGUAACUAAAGGCCUCUAUCA